GGGGAUGAUGGCGCGGAGUUCCAAGGAUGGGGACGGGGAGGGAUAUGUCGUGUACAUGAAGAAGCAAAGAGUGUACGGCGCGGAAGACUAUGACUGGGGCGCGAUACUCGAGGUCGCGAAGAGGAUCGAGGGAACGGGGGCUGCUGAGACGACUGAGGGAAAGGCUCCAAGCACGCCCCAAGAAAUCACUGGAGAGGCGAUUCAAGGAGCAAAUCAGGUCUCUUGAACACUAGCGAGACCGACCAAGCCUACGAGCAUGCGCUGAGGAUUAUGAUCAAAGAGUCUUGGCUCCUGCUUGACGGGGAUAAUGGACGACAGACGGCACGCUGCACGCUGCAGAUUUGUGCAGCAAGCGAGGGUAGAUCGGGUUUCUCGAGGCGGUCACAGGCUACUAGCAAAAAUACACACUCCAAUCAUACUCUG